AUGGACACUCCCAUCCACCCAAAUCUAACCCACCUCGCGACCCUGUCACAUCGCUCCCGCCAACGAAACGAAGCCCGCAUCAGCUGGGGCUACAUCAGCGACACGCCCGCGGACGUGGUCUGCGGGCUGUGCGGGGAGCACGAGCACCUGUGCGCGGACACGCGGUUCUGGCGGUGUCCGAUGGCGGCGUGCGGGCACAGCGCCUGGCACGAUAGCUGCCUGGACGGGAUGUUUGAGCGGGAGGCGGCGGCGGGCCGCGCGCUGGCGUUCGGGUGUCCGGCUUGCGGGACGGGGUGGUGGCUGCGGAGUGAGAUGAGUGCGGAGGGGGCGCAGCUGCGCGAGGCGUGGCAGGAGAUGCAGAUGUUGAUGCUGUUGCGGGAGGUGGAGGAGAUGGAGGGGUGGAGUGCGCUGGGUUUGCAGCUGGGUGGGCUGGAGGGUGGGCAGGAGCUGGAUGGGCAGCAGCAGGGUAUCCAGCAGCUGGCUUUGGAGCAGGAGCGCCACCUCAGCCAGCUCUACCAGGAGUACAAGCUCAAGAAGCAGCUGAGGCAGCAGCAGGCUUGGGCGGAGGAGCGCCACCUCCGCGAGGUUUACCAGCAGUAUCUGCUGAAGGAGCAGCAGCAACAGCAGCAACAGCAGCAACAGCAGGGUUCAGAGCAGCAGCAUCAUACCGACCAGCUCUACCAGCAGUAUCAGCAGGGCUUAGAGCAGCAGGACCUAGAGCGACAGUAUCACACCCACCAGCUCUACCAUCUAAAGCAGCAACAGCAGUAA